AUGCACGAUGCAUUUGAACAUGCAGUUAUCCUGGAGAAGCUGCCAUUGCAAAUAGAUUGCAUAGCUACUUUUGGUAAGAUCGGAAUUACGGAAUACUCCGUGAUAAAAUAACAGCUAAAAUUUCUCUUGAAACUAAAAGCACGCUUGUACAGCUUUUAGCCAUCAGCUGUUGAUCAAACUUUGACGGGUAAUGUUUUAAUGAGCAGUCUUAUAAAAUCUGGAUUCUGUGUUAUGUGUUUCAGAGAACACGUUUAAAUUCUAAUUUAUAAUUUUCUUAUUUGUGACGUGACAAACAUUGCCUCAAAGCACUUAUUAUAAUCUAGAAAUGAAAUCACUCAUUCUUUAUAUGAUAAGCUGAGUCAGUAUGUACCACAUAGAUGAGUAGUGCUUUUGGCAUGCAUUGAUUGAUUGAAAGAGAUCAGCAAGUACUAUUUACCUCUGAGCAACCUAAGAGACAAAAGUGCAGGCCAACAAUUUAAUAUCCUAUCAUUUUUGGUAUAUUGACAGAAAUAAACUUACUUUUUUGGUUUCUGUGUGGUACAUACAAAAAAUUUUUCACCUCAGUGUCAGUGAAAAUGGUGGAUAUUUACCUCACUACUUCACAGCUUGGUAAAUAUUCACCUCCAAUAAUUGAAUAAUUGUUAAUUUUACACUCACCGUGAUUAGUUUUUACCAAUGAUCUAUGACAGUACAGAUGCAUGGAUGAUUUUACUAUUGUUGACAUUUUGUUUUUGUAUCAAAUAAAACAGAUAGAAUCUAGAAUCAACACACCAUCAAUAAAUUUAAGGGGAAUUUAACUUGCUGAUGACUCAACCAAACUCUCUUACUUACAAAUCAUUGCCAGAGGGGUGGUUAUAAUUUCUGAUGGUUUUGGAAUAUGACUGGCAUAAGAAUGUUACCUGCAAUUACAUUACAACUCACGCUUACACCUUUUAUUUGCAUGAUCUGCGCAAAGUCAAACUUAUAUGGAUAGCCACACAGAUUGGGGCUAGGAGGGGGACUGGUUUUGUACAGAAUCCAUGUUGCUGUGGUUCUGUAUAGUAAUAGUACACAAAAUUUCAAAAUGUGGUAGAACAUCAUUGACGCAUUUCUUUUGUUCUUACCACGUCUUGAUGUUGUCUUCGAUCUAUUAGUGAAUAGACGUCCAUCAACAUGGACUCUAUUUGUUAAAUGGGUCAACUGGGUUGCAGAAUAACAACUGGGGAGAUGUGUUUUACCAAUUCAUCCUUUCAGGAAAUGUGGUUAAUAUUUGUUUCAGGGGACAAUCUUCUUGUUGGAACAAGACAGGGGCACUUGCUUUUGUAUGGUGUUUUAGAUGGCACAGGUAAUAAAAUUCUGCUACACCCACAACAAAUUUUUAAGGCUUUUUAGUGUUCCCCUGAAGCAACUGCUGCCAGUGAUUUCAUCAGCUUUUUGUUUCCAAACAACUGUCUACUCUAAUUAGGAGAAACCAUAAAAGAAACCAGAAAGGAAACAGUGAGUAAAAAUAAGAGGAACAGGUUCUAGCAGAAUUGAUGCUACACACUCACUUGUUUACUGCCAACUGUUACUUUUUCAUGUCUGGCUACUUAACCUCUUACACCUAAGCAUCAGUAUUGAUAUUCUCCAUACUCUGCCCUUUAUUCUUGUGACCUUUAUAAAUGAUUCAGCUGUAUUACUAUAGGGAGAAAAUAGAUGCUGGUCACUAGCAUUUCAAGGGCUUAAAAAUCUGUGAAGAACACUGGCCUUUUGCGCUGAUAAGAAAUAUUGUCUUUGUUGUUAUUUCCUAAAUUGGCUGACUGCUGUCCUUCCUGAAAGAAAGGUUACAGCAGUUUUCUUGUCAUGGGCUCUGAAAGGAAGUGUUGGACCAGUUGCCUUGGUGGAAUCCUGUGGGAGCCCUGUGCAGUUAUAGACUCUAAAGGGACUGAUGAUAAUUCAUUCUUUCUCAUCUUUAAUUUUGUUUCUGUUAAAAAUAGGUGACAACAGGUUUGACGUGGAGCUACGAAGCUCCAACAAAUUGUUCUCAAAGAAGCCUAUAUCACAGGUAAGUUAUACAAAUAACAAACAACAUUAUGAUGCUGUAAUGGCUAAUUCUCUGAGCGGUUUUAUUGACAAAGGUAUUCACUGAUUCAUUGAAUUUUUGCAACUCAAUUCCUUUUUAUAAUAAGUCAACUUAUUGCUCUUGCUGUAAGGUCUUAACCAUUGCCUGGCUACCUCAGGUGGUAGAACGUUGGUCUGCCAUGUGGGAAGUUGAGGGUUCAAGCCUUGACCAGACCAACACUUAGGACCAACACUGCCUUUGUUAUGGCAUCUGCAAGUGGUAGACAUUCUAGUCUUAAUCAAUGAAAGCUGUAGGUUCCAUCUCUUGCUUCCUGUUUGUUCUGGUUGGAAGGGAACUUGUGAAAGAACCCAUGCAGUUCUUACAGAUUAGGGAACAUAUUUUCUGGUCUAGCCUUGUUUCCAAAAUUUUCACAAUUGGGGGUAUCUACAAAAUUCCCUUUCAAAAAUUAUAAACUGCUCAGUGCAAUAUGGAAAGUCCUCCUGCAAAGUAUUGUUAAGUGCAUCAUAGCAUAGUAGUAUAGAUAAUGUGCUUUAUGAAAAUGUCACAUCAUCAUCAUCAUCAUCAUCAUCAUCAUCAUCAUCAUCAUCAUCAUCAUCAUCAUCAACAUUUAACCUUUAACUCCCAAUAUCUCAUUAGUAAUUCUCCUUAUGAUCUGUCGUACAGUUCUCGUGAUAUUAGUAUGGAGAAUUUGGUAUUGGAUCAACCUAUAAUCCAUAAUUGAUAUUAUAAGGAGAAAUUCUGUCUUGGUCACUCAUGGGAGUUAAAGGUUUAAAGUUGGUUGGGUUGAUGGAAAAUAGGGUAAACAGAAAAAAGUGAUUGUGUUUUCCAGCCAACCACUGUUUUUUUCCCUCUGUUUUUCUCUAAUUACUAAUAGCUGGAACAGUCUGGAAGACAGUGUACAAACUUUUGUAACGUAGCCAAUGAAUGGGAUUGUUAGGAUCCUUACAACUCUGACAGCUCUCCAACUUUGAUUCUGUUGCUGCCUGAGAGCAUUCAAGUCUGACUAAAAUAAUUGUUUUGAAUUCAAACUUAUAAUCAUUUUUUUUAUAUUUUCUUGCAGUUAGCAGUAGUUGAGCAACUGAAUCUACUGAUAAGUUUAUCAGGUAAUGCGAGGAGAGUGAAAUAAAUUUUUUAACUUUACAAAUUCAUGUCAUAUGUUGGUAUUAACCCUUUACUUUUUUUUUUGAAUUGGCUACCACUUUAAAGAAUUUAGGAGCCAAGUGGCUAUCAGAAAAAAAGUUAAUUUCACGCCCUGUAGCAUCUAAUUUCUCCUUACAAUAUCACCCCUGAAUCAAACAUGAAAGUUGUGAGAGUAGAGGAGAUGAUCACCAACUAAAGCAGCUCUUGAUUGUGAGAGAAAUUCUCCUUGUCAGCCUCUUUGGAAAUGUAUAGAGAACAGUAUGGAGAAUAUGCAUACUGAUGUUAGGGUGUAAGGGGUUAAAUUGAGCCCUCUGCAAGUGUCAGGUUUCUGUGUCAUACUUUUGGAUUAUUUUAUACAUUAGUUUGUCGUUUAAUAAUUUCAACAGUAUGAUCUCAUUUUGAUAGUACUUAUUAGUGAUAUACUGGUACAUGUAAUUUGGAAAUUUACUAAUUCUGGUAUUUUUUCACUCAGAUUCUGUUGUUAGUGUACAUAACUUGGAGACCUUUGCUCACAAGUUUACCUUGCACAAAACAAAAGGAGCCAGUGUUUUUGCUGUGGAUAUAAAGGUUAGAUUUAGUAAUAAGUUAGUUUUAUCAACUGAGUUGAUAAUUAAUUAUAAAAAUAAAAUGUAAAUUGGCCACCGUAAAGAGUUUUCAAAGAUUUUAACAGUGUGUAAAAAUUGUGGUAACUCCUGCACUUAAACCAUAUUGUUGCCUAAGCAGAGUUUGGAGGCUAUUUUGAAGUAUCUUGUUUGGACAAAAUUCCACUUUGAGUGGAUUACAUAUAUAUAUAUAUAUAUUUUUUUUUUUUUUUUUUAAAAUUUUUAUUUUUUUUGGAUCUUUACACUGAGAUGACAAUUGCAACUCUCCCUGGAAGAUACCAAGUCACUCUGACUGGCAAAGUUCUUCAGUAAAGAAAGUUGAUUUCAUGGAAUCACCUCUUCCAUAAGUAAACCCCUUUGAAGAAAUUAAGUUGUCAGUAUGUUUGCUUUCAAACUAAUAUUUUCCCUUUAUUUUAACAGGAAAGGAAACAAUCCUCAGUGUUUGGUAAGUUUAAAGAUUUUCCAAAUAUCUGUUCAGGUUUUCCAUGUACACUGUUACUUUGUUAACCCUUGAACUCAUAGACAUGAUUAACAUGAAACUUCUCUCUAUAAUAUCCAUACAUUAUUCAGCAAACAGGUAAUGAGAAUAUUCAGACUUCUCAGGUACUUGUAGAAGCUGCUAUCUUGCUCUAGCACCAAGUUCUCAUAACUAAUUUACAGGAAAUGUGUAGCAGCUACAGGGGAGAAUUAACAAUCAGAUCUUGGGAGUUAUGAGUGAACUUAAGUAAACCAGCGUGAAAUGUAUGUUUCAAUCCAGCUCCUGUUCUCUUGGUCACUCCUGACACCUCAUCACCAGAGCCUACUCCAGUUUCAUGGGCACGAGAUGUUUCCCUACCAGUUCUUAAUUGGGAAAUAAUUGUAUUUUUAUUAUCAUUUAUUUAGAUCCUUCACCAGCUCUUGAACUAAAGCUAUGUGUUUCGGUGAAACGAAAACUACAGGUGAGUGAACAAUGCACAUGAAAGCAUUUAACAUAGUGAAAAAUUUAGUGCAGGGUAGCACUGUCAACAUCACAAGGGAGAUAUAAAGGAAGGGUUCUUGGUUCAUCCUACCAAAGGAAAAAGGAGUGGGUGAGGGAAUGAUGGAAGGGGAGGAGAUUCCGUGAUUGCUGAUGGCUCUCCUGUCCAAGCUAGUUAGAAAGAAAAGCCCUUUAACCCUUUAAUCCCUGAGAGUGACAAGAUUCUAAUUCCUCUUUACAAUUGAUCUCUUGAAUCAAAUGUUUAAGUUGCGAGAAUAAAAGAAAUGAUCAGCAACUAACAAAGCUCUUGAUGGUUUUACAAAUUCUAUUCUUAGAACUUAGGUAAUGUAUAGAGAACAGUUUGGAGAAUAUGCAUAAUGAUGUUAGGGUGUAAGGGGUGAAGGGCAUUUGUCUGAUUCUGAGCAAAAAUUUCUAACUUAUCAAAAUGUUGCCUGCUUAAUUUUUCUAGCUAUAAAAACUGGUUUGUUAUGUAAUGUUUCCUUAAUUUAACUGAAAUUUCAAUCCUUUAGUUAUUUAGUUGGAGGAAUGGAGAAUUCCAAGAGCGAGAAGAUCUUCUGGUUCCAGAUGCAGCAAAGGCAUUAGUUUGGUCCGAGGACUCUCUCUGUGUUGGCUUCAAAAAAGAAUACUCUCUCAUAAAGGUGCUACAAUGUUAUUCUCCUCUCUAGCUGCUACACAUUUCCUUGUAAAUUAGUUACAAGAAUUUAGUGUUAGAUCAAGAUAAGAACUUCCACUUGAUAGGUUUGAGUAUUCUCAUUUCCUGUUUGCUGGAUAAUGUAUGGAUGUUACAGGAAGAAGUUACAUGAUAAUCACUUUUGCAAGUGAAAGGGUCAGGGGAUUGAAUCAUUCAGCCUACAUUCAUAACUUCCAAAGAUACAGCUGUGUAUAACAAAACCAUGCACGAAUUGCUGUGAAGAAGUGAACUUUCCAGGUUCGAUUCUGAAGGAGGCAUUUUGGAAUAUCCAAAUUGUGGUUUCUUUGCCAUAAAGGGGUGUUAAAUAAAGGCAUAAAUUUUUCUUUGAUCAUUUUAAUGUUGGCUAUAUACAACAGAGUGAGUCAAUUCAAAUCAUUUCACACACUAACAACUCUAGUGCUUGUCAUGUAAUAAUCAUAGUGGCCACCAUGGUUGUCAUAGUAGAUAAGUCUUUUCAAAUGAGUUUUGAUUAUGCAGUUUGAUCGUUCAGGUGAGAGCAUUUCAAAGAAGGACUUAUAAUUAUUGGUAGUAUUGACUCAGGACUACCUUCACGCAGACUAUCAGACUACGUGAUCACAUGAUAUCCCUGGGUUCAAAACACUUACCUACUGUAAAAAAUAAUUACCUAUUAAUGACCAAGAGUGCCAUAUGGCAUUAGGUGCCAUUACAUGCUAAUUAUUAGAUAAUUUUUUCUGAAAAUUUUCACCAUGGAAAGGUCAUUGCAAGAUAUCAUAUUGAAGGUAUAAAAUCAUGGUCCCCUCUAAUAGAAGACUUGAUUUGCACCCCUGCAACUUUUGGGAACUUUUUUUCAUUGUACUGUUUUGGUCAUGGUGAUAUCUCACAAUAAUCAAUGCUCUGAGAGCUGCAAUUUAAGCCAUAGUUUAGUGCUGUACCCUUGAUGUAUGAGGCAAACAAAAACUUUCAACUUUUCUUUACUUUAAACUUUGCACAUGUCUCAGUCUCCACAGUCACCUCCUCCAUACCUGUUGGUGUCCUUUACAGCAUACCCCAGAAAAUGCCUUUAAAAUGAUAUUGUUUACUUGGUCUAAUGGUUUGUGGUUCUCAUUUUAGAAAAAUUUGGCAUUUCCCUCGGGUAGUAAAUGGUUGAAACAAAACAACAAACACUUUUUUCUUUUGUAGACUGGCACUGGUGCUGCAACAGAGCUGUUUUCCACUGGUCGUCAUUUGGAGCCCACAAUAGCUUCUUUGCCAAGUGGAGAACUAAUUCUUUGUCGCGAUGAUAUCAGCAUUAUAACUGACAGUGAUGGAAAGAAGACGCAGAAACAGACCCUGACAUGGUCAGAUACACCAACAGAGCUAGGUGAAAUAUCGACUCUUUUUCACAAGUCCAUACAAAAUUUUUUUUACAUGUAUCUGAUUUUGAAGCAAACAUCAAAACUUUCUUAAACAAUUUCAACAAAUUUUAAGCAAUUUUUACUUUGAUAUUUAAUUUAUUUACAUAUUUAAGGUUUUGACUCUUUCAAUUUUAGGAACUUAUUCUACAUUUUAUUCAAAAUUUUAACAUUACCUAACCAACAAGGCAAUUCUUGACAACCCCACUGAAACAGCCAUGGCAAGUUUGCUUACUAAAUAUUAAACACUAUUAUUAUUAUUAUUAUUAUUAUUAUUGUUAUUAGACAGUGAUUGGUAAUUUGAUAUAACAGAUCUCUUUGGCAAUGUUCUCCAUGUGUACUGCUUCCAAAGCGAGUUACUACGGAAAUUUUUUAAGAAGUUUGCCUUAGGGACAAAGAGUUUCACCAAAAUUAUCCAACAAUGUUGUAUUAAGGAAAUUGUUACUGUUACACCUAUGAUCACAUCUUGCAGCUAAAAAGUUAAGCCCCUUUUAUUCCUGUUCUCAAUACGUAAUCAAAGGGAUUUAGAUAUAUCGGAAAAAAUGAUUUAAAAAUUGAUCAGUAAAGGAAGCAAAGUUACGUGUAUUGAUUAUUGAAGGAAGCACUAGUGAUUGGCAAGCUGUCUUAACCCUUUAACUCUCAGAUCAAAUUUGUAAUUCUCCUUACUAUCAACCAUACAAUUCUCAUAAUGUUGGUUCAGAGAAUUCAGUAUUGGAUCAACUAAUUACCUCCAAAUUGAUAUUUUUCUUUAAUCUCAUUGCUUAUCUGGUUGAUAUUGUACUAAUAUUGUAAGGAGAAAUUCUCUCUUGGUUAAUCAUGGGAGGUAAAGGGUUAAACCAAGUAACCAAAAGCUUCUAGACUUCCUUCCACUUUUCAGUGUGUUCAGUAAUUCAUUAAAUUUUAAAGAUUGUCAUUGUUCCUUUUCAGAUUAUGCUGAACCUUAUGUAAUCGCCCUUCUUCCUCGCUAUGUAGAGAUACGAACUAUCAGUCCUCGUGCACUUAUCCAGAGCAUUGAAUUGCCUAAAUCCAGAUUUAUUGCUCGUGGAAAACACUUGUAUAUAGCAUCAUCAAGCUAUGUGUGGAGGCUCAUCCCUGUAUCUAUUCCCAUGCAAAUACAACAGCUAUUGCAUGACAAGCAGUUCAGUCUUGCUCUUAUGUUAGCGGUAAGUAAUCUGACACUCUUUUCCUUGAGCUCUUAACAUAGACCUGCAGUUAACUGUUGGAAGACAUCAAGGUGUCCUGGUUUGCACCAAGAACUCAGCAUUGGAUGGUUUGAGCCCUAAAAUGUGUUAUUUGGCAGGUGACCCCUUAACUCCCAGAUCAAAUUUGUAAUUCUCCUUACUGUCAAUCAUUUAAUUCUUAUGAUGCUGGUUCAGAGAAUUUAGUAUAGGAUCAAUGAUUACCUAGUUAAAAAAUCAGUGUCAAUGACUAAUUACAAAAAAAUAAAAAAUUGCUCCAAACUCAUAAUAGAAAUAAGAUAAUUAUGAUAAAAAAAAUAAUUGAACAAUUUCUUGCAUAAGACUGGUAAGGUGUUAGACUCCCUAAUGUUGAUAGGUACCACUGAAGGUUCCACUAGCUACCACAGUAGUACCUCUUUCUACUAGCAAGCCCAAGUGAGUGCUGGGAAACUGGCAUGGAAAUCUGAAGAAAGAAAAGCAUCCUUUCAUGGGCGUAGCCAAGAAUUUUCAUAGGGGAGGUCUCAGUUAGGAAUUUCCGCACACCUGACGUGAAGUGGCUUAUCCCGCCACCAUACAGUCAGGAAAUGACUGGCAUCCGAGUACAUUAUCUACUGAAGCAAGGGAUUUAUUCUAUGCAGAUUUCUCGGAUUUGUGCGAUUACAUGUCCUGAAUUGUAUGACUUGUAUGUUGUUGACUUAACAAGAAAAACUUAUCCCACCAAGGGGGGAAAGGAUUACAGUCACUCCAGGACCCACCCCUCUAGGGCACCUGAAGGCACCUCCCGGCCUUUACAAGAGGAUCAGAAAGAGCUGAUCCACCCCCCCACCUCCCUGCCAAAGGCACUCUCAGGGAACCCCCCCUUACUUUAACAGAAGGAUCAGUGCUAAAAUUCACUUUAAAGUAAACAAACUAUGUAAGUAAUAGAAGGCAUGGAAGUUAGUCUUGUAUACAGACUUUCGUAUUUUUUUUUAAUGAACAGGACAUGGUGGUGGAACCUGAGCAGGAGAAAGCUGCCCGAAAAGAGAGUAUUCAGAAUCUUUAUGCAUUCGAUUUGUUCUGUCAGAAGAAGUUUGAUGAUUCGUUGCAGCUCUUUGCCCAGUUAGAGACAGGUUAGUUAUUUCCUAUUUGCGCAAAUUUGGUUCUUGUAUCGUCAACAAUGGUGCAGUUUGAAAUGAAAGUUUAUGAAAGUAUGUGUUUGAAAUGCAAAAAUUUAGCCAAAUGAUGAAACGAUCUUUGUGAUGAUGUUGUAAUUUAGGUGGCUUUUAAGUUGCAGAAGAAAAGCUCCAAUUUUUAAGUAUGUGAAUGGAGCUCUAGGGUGUGAUUAUUCAGAUGAAAGUGACUGAACAAUUCUUUCAUGUAGUACAAUUUUAAAAGUAUUGUGCUGUAUAAGGUGGUUCUGACUUAAAAGUCUACGAAUGAAAUAUCCACGAGCUUCCUUCCAAUUGGAAGCAACUGAACUCUUCUUUUGCAAGGUUCUUUUUAUAACAAUGCCUCUUUGUUUUUCUGUCCGCAGACCCAGCACAGGUUAUUGGCCUGUUUCCUGAUCUUCUCCCAAGUGAAUUUCGAAAGCUUCUUGAGUACCCUGCUCCACCACCCCAGUUGACUCCGGGGGAGCUGGAGAAAGGCUGUGUAGCGCUUGUUGAAUAUUUGACUAAGGUAGAAUUCAGAUAGUUGCAUUCUCCAUAUUUCAAAAUUAUAACCAGCUGGUUACCAAUGUAACAGAAAGUUGAUUGUUUUUGUUUAUUCAUUGCUCAGUUUGCUAUGUUAACCCUUUGACUCCCACAAGUGAUUAGCAUGUAACUUCUCCCUACAACAUCCGUACAUUAUUCAGCAAACAGGUGAUGAGAAACCUCAGACUUAUCAGAUAGCAAUUGCUAUCUUGAUCGAACACCAAAUUCUUGUAACUAACAAAGAAAUGUGUCGUAGCCGGAGGGGAGAAUUGACAAUUCGAUCUUGGGAGUUAAAGGGUUAAACUGUGCCCUACUCUCACUUAUACAACUCUUGGUACAAUAUAAAUGUUUUCCUCACUAGAAACGAAACGAGUUGAUCAAAAAUAGCGACAAGACAGAAAGCUUGCAGAGGGCAAGAAAUAAAGAUUCUACCAAAGAACCCAGUAAAGGUAUUUCACUCUUAUAACUCAAGCAUUACGUAAAGAAAUGAAGAGACAAACUUUUGCUUCGGAGUGCACUACGACUUAGUGUCGCGAAACUAAAUACGAGGUAAAGGGGGUUAGUUUCUAAAGAAACUGUGGUGCUGCGUCGGUGGGAGAGUAUAGCAGGGUAAUUUUGUAAUAUCAACUGAGUUAAUGUCUUAAAUUGGCUACCGUAAAGAGUUUAAAAGCUGACGUUUCAAGCGGUAGCCCUUCGUCAGAGCAAUUGAAUACUUCGAUUAAAUACGAAGUAAUCGCUUUAGCCAAUGAGAGAAGAGGAAAUAUCACAACGAGCCAAUGAGAAUUCAAAGUAAAACCAAGCAAACUGAGCAUUGCGCGGGAAAAACGCGGGUGACCAAGUCGCGAUUGGUUUUAGUUUGGAUUCUGAUUGGCCGAGAAAGUGGCGCGAGUUUUCUCGACCAAUCAUAGAGCGAAGGAAAGCAAAACUGCAAAACUAAAGCAGUCCUGGAUUACGCUUACCACCUUUGUGAUCAUUUGAACAGUAUCUGUAGCUCAGUUGGUAAAACUUGGUAGAACUACACAUGGGCUGAUACUAGUUUUUACAACGGUACUAGCUGCUCCAUUUUGCAGGGUAAAUAAAGUUAUUAACUUCCCAUUUUUCGUUGUCCCUCGUUUAAGAGGUAUGCUUAACAUCUUUUCUUUUUAUCUUCUUUCUUAAUCUUUGUAGCUGAUAUAAAGGCUCAAAAGAACUUAGAGCACAAAAGACAAAUCAUCGAUACUACUCUACUGAAAUGUUACUUGCAGGUUGGUACUGUUGGUAUUUAAAUAGAUUAUUGAAGAGCAAAUAGAUAAGUCGAUCUUAAGCCAGCUCACACCUACUAACGAAUUUCUUACGCAUAACGAAAAAAUGAGUGACUAAACUGAUCCAGAGGAAGAAAAUUAUUCGUAAACAGUGAACUUUGUUUAUGUAAAACACCUAAUUUAAGAGAGGAAAGAACUGGAGAGAAAGUAGAGUCAGAACUCUACUGAAUGUCUACGGAAAGUUUCGUAAUAUCCUCGGAAGUCUUCGGUUAUGAUCGGUUCCUUUUAAGAAAAUUCGCAGAGAUCGCCCACCUUCCUCUCGCCCAACGACCCCCUCCCUCCACUGGUAGGAAACCGGGUUAUUCACUCCCCAACCUCCCCCUGCAUGUCACAUUUUGUAUAGAAGCGAUGAGCGCUGGCCUAGUUUACUGCUGCUUCGCAUGAUAUGAAAUGAAUAGCCGCUGAACUAGGGCACACUAGGUCUACCCCUCUGAGGUCUUCCUGUACUUUACCUGAGGGAGGAGGGGCGCCUGUUGGAAGCUGGGCGCUAAACCAGACCUUAAAGUAAGUAAAAAAAGGAAGAAUGUUUAGUUAAGUGUUAGGUACCUCGAGCGCAGUGUGCACAAAACUAGGGACACUCUAGGUCUAUUGAAAUUAGUAUAGGUAAUCACAUGAUUUCGAUUUGGAAUAAAUAAGCACGAGUAAAUGCUUUCAAAGAGUAACAAAAUUGCACGAGUCCGUAUGCCGAUUGUAAUUUGUGGUCUUUUAAAAAAUUUGCAAGUGCUUAUUUAUUCCAAAUUGCACUCGAAAAAUCAUGUGAUGACGUAUUAAUAAUAUCCAUGAAAAAUACGAGAUAACUUAUCAUAAUUAUGCAGAAGUAAAGCGCGCGCAUCAAGUGCAAAAAUAAUUUAUUCAAACCCAGCAAGUGACAUGGUGCGUUCGGUCAAAACAACCGCGUACGAUCAAAACAAUGAAAUACAAUGAUAUUUUCACAUCUUUAAGGCGCAAAGAAGCUCAACGUGUGGCUGAACAGUUCAAGUAAUUAAUCAGUCUAGUUUGGUACUACUUUGCACUGGAAUUGAGUAAUUUUUUCAUGUACCUUGUUAAAUGGUAAAUAAACGUUUUCUAUAACAUAAAAAACACACAAAGUUUUAAAUAGAAAGACAACUAGACAAUGUAAAUUUCUCCUUCUGCUGAAAUGACGUGAAUCACUUUGUGUUCGUUUCCCCUUCAGACAAACGAUGCCCUCGUAGCGCCACUGCUGAGGUUGAAAGAAAACUUCUGUCAUGUAGAGGAGUGUGAAAGAGUUCUAAUGAAAAGUAAAAAAUACAAUGAAUUGGUGAUACUCUACCAGGCUAAAGGUCUUCAUAAAAAAGGUUGGUUGUGCUGUGGUACAUUGGUUAUUACUGUGAGUGAUGUAUUGCAAGAGUGAUAAUUUUUGCCUCUUCGGCCUCAGCAAAAUGGUAACCCACAUAUUGAUAUGUUUCUGUUUGCUCCUGUGAUUGAAGUAGUUAUUCUCCGUAUUUUUGUGUCUUAUGCCCCAUUCACAUCAGCAUAACAUGUUUAUUUCAACCGCAUUUUACUGAAUGAAAAUCAGAAAUAGGAAACGGAAAGACUGAAUCCUCCAUUGGUCUCAAAUAGCCACUGACUUGUAUUUUCAACGGGCUAAAUUUGAAGCCGACCAACAUCGUUUUAAGCAGCUUCUAUGAAGGAAACAAAUUUAAACCGUGUUAAACAAAACAGCUUUAAGACUUAUUUAAGCUUUUGCUUGAAUGGAGUAUAAGUUUCAAAAAAUUGUUUUUUUUGAUUCCACAUCCCUGGACAAUGAAAUUUAUAUUAUAUGAAAAAGCUCCGUACUGAUCACAAGAGGGAGUGAAAGAGUUAGGCAGUGAACAAGAAAAGUAAAAAAUGGUCAACUGAAACUGCCCUGGUGGUUUUUAUAGAUAUUUGACCUCUUUUGGCUUGUUAGUGUCUGUUGAGAGAGUUUCGAUCGUGUUUCGUCCACAGAUGUCGAGAUAUUUUUAUAACCUAUCAUAUUUUACUUUCAGCCCUAGACCUUUUAUUGAGACAGGCUCAGAAAAGCAGCGGUCCACUCAAAGGCCACCAGAAAACAGUGCAAUAUCUCCAGCAUUUAGGUAAUCGUCAGCAAUAAAACAAACAGACUUCAUUUUUCCGUGUGUAUAUAAAGUGGUAGGUAACGAAAGACGUCAAAAUAUGGUACAUCAGUAACACACUUGACUGCGCCUCGUGUACCACGUUUUUGUUUUGCCACAAUUUGACUUCAUCUGUGAUUUAUUGCUGAAAAGACACAUUGCAACGUAGAGAAAAAAAGAAUAGAAAAAUGUAUAGUGUUAUCGUUCUCAAAUGUGUUCCUUUUUUUUCAGGUCAUGAACACUUAAAGCUUAUAUUUGAUUUUUCCGUCUGGGUUUUAAAAGCACACCCUGAUGACGGAUUAAAGGUAACUUCUAAAGAUUUCAGUUAAAGGAAAUAUGUUUUUUUCGUCUCGCCACGAGCGUGGGGCAAAGAAAAAACUCUGAGUCGACUUUAGGAAACUUUCUUAUUUUCAAUUUGGUUUACUGAUGGAAAUCUUUACCAGAACUCUCAUAAGCCAAAAAAUAAAUAAAUAACUGAUUAAUAUGUAGGAUUUUGCGCAAGUUUUGUCCAAAUAACACACGUCUAUUGUAAACAGAAGGCGAACAACGUUGGCAAAUGUUGAAAUGCUUGGAAAUUUAACGUAAGUGGACGAGCUGGACUCGAUUUUCGUUGUGGAAAUUUCUUAGGGGUUUUCAGCGAAUGUUUGAAUUUCCGCAAGAAACCCUCUCUGAUAAAUUAGUCAGACCGUAUUAUUAUUAUUAUUAUUAUUAUUAUUAUUAUUAUUAUUUUGCUCCAAUACUUUAACACACGUUGAUAAAUACAUGGUUUUCUAAGUUUUAUAAUGAGCAAAAACCGUAUCAAAAACUCAUAUUUUUCCCCAAGAUCAAGCUCAAGAACCUUUCCUCCUUUGUCUUCCUAGAUAUUUACAGAAGAUUUACCAGAAGUCGAAGGCCUACCACGCGAUAAAGUACUGGCUCACAUAGAACAGUGCGCGAAACAGUUGACCAUCAGAUAUUUGGUGUGUACAGUGAAGUCUAACUUGUACUUAACCCUUCACAACCUUUACAUCAGUUCGCAUAUUCUCCAUACUGUUCUCGAUAUAUAUCCGAAGAGUUGACAAUGAGAAUUUGUCAUGAAAUCAAGGUCUUCGUGAGUUCGUGAUCAUUUCCUUAUUCUCAUGACCUUAAUGUUUGAUUCAAGGGUGAUAUUGUAUGGAGAAAUUAGAUGCUAGUCAUUCUUAGGGGUUAGGGGGUUACGUAAGGUGUGAAUUCACGAAGUUUCUCCCUUUUUAGGAACACAUAAUCUUCCUGUGGAAUGAAUCAAAGCCCGAAUUUCACAACAAGUUGAUCAACUGCUACCGUGAAAGAGUGCAGGUGUUGAUGAGAGAGUAUUUAGAUUCGUUACCGACAGGUUCGUAUCUGCUUUGAAGGCAGUUAUUCUUUUUUCGUCGGUUGGCGAAAGAAAAGGGAUAGUCUGUAAAGUUUAUGCCCAACAAGGAGCCGAAGCCGAUCACGGUUGCUCUACCAUGAAUCGACCAGGAGUAUUGCCUCAACCCUCCGGGUGGGAUUCAGGUUUAUGUUACCCCCUCCCUCCUAGCACAUCAUCAGGUUCAUCGAGUUCGCCGGUAGCCAUUUACCCUCCAGGCUGGUUAGAGGUGUUUUGUAGGUAAAUUGUCUUGCACAAGAACACAGCACGAUGACCCAGAAGGGUGUGGUUCACUUAUCACAACCCUGGUAGAAAGAGGAGGUCCCAGUUCCCACUCAACAAAUCAAUCCUCAGGUCCUCGGGUUAUUUUCUUUAGUCGACAGUCGACCCCAAAAUUUAUCAUUCUUCAUAACCCUGUACACCCUAACAUCGGUAUCCAUGUUCCUCAUUCCGUUUUCUCUACACUUCCUUUGAUGCUGACAAGGAGAACUCGUUUAAAAAUCAAAGCUUAUUUGGUUGGUGAUCAUUUCCUUUAUUCUCAUGACCUUAGUGUGUGAUUCAGGGCUGAUAAUACAAGGGGAGAUUAGAUGCUAAUCACUCUCUUAAUAAUAGAGAAAAGGAGAAGCCUUUUAAGAAACAUUCUUGAUAAUGGUCACGUGGUUUAUUUGUCAGGUGACGAGCCUGUUCCUCCCGGAAGUGAACCAGGUGAACUCGGAGAACUGAGAGGAAGAUUGCUCUUCUUGUUAGAGACUUCAAAACAUUAUCAAGCGCAGCAUCUAUUAACGCACUUCCCAGAGAGUGAGUCGUCUCAUUUUUCUUACCAUUGAGAAUUUGGAGCCUUUUUUCAAAGACUUAUUGUGCGAGAAAUAAUAAUCUUACAAGCAUAGCUCCAAACAAAUAGUUCGCGCCAAAACUGAUGCAGAGUUUGCGUUCCCGCCAAACUGACGCAGCGUUUGCGUUCCCGUCAAAACUGAAACAGCGUUUGCGUUCACGCCAAAAGUGACUCAACGUUUGUUUUCCCGCCAAAACUGACGCAGUGGUCAAGUAAAAGGCGCGAUGUUUGUGUGUUGCUUUUCGAUUUUCUGCCAAAAGUGUCCCCAAAUGUUCUAAAGAUGCAAUUUUUUUCGUGUUCCCUUCUUUCUCGCAGGUUUUUAUUACGAACGAGCUCUUUUGCUUGGACGAGUAGGAAGGCAUGAGGAAGCUCUGGCUAUAUAUAUCCACAUUUUACAUAACACCAAACUUGCUGAAGAGUAAGUCCCCUGUUGCUAGUGCCUUUUAAUUGAGUUUCGUCAAACCAGAGGCAAAGUAAUCACAACGGCUUAAAAAAUAGUGUUGUAUUAAGUGCCGACAGUAAUCCGUGACUGCUUUGGAUUCGUUUUACUUUGAUGGAUGAUAGCUUCAAAACUCGCAGCACUCUCAAAUUAGUUUUGUAACUAAAACUAAUCGCGAUUCGUACACUUGCGUUGUCUCGGGCUGGCAGUUGACUUGUUUAUUGGCUGUCGUGAUUACUUUGCCUUUAGUUUUUACGAUAUUCAAGCGAGGCUUUCAGUUUAACGAUGUUCAAGCGAAAUGUGGUCUAAUUUUUACUACCUGAAGCGCGGGAAUACGUGACUGACCAAGUCGCACCUUGUGUAAGUUUUGCAUCUGAUUGGCGAAGAAAGUGGCAUGAUUUUUCUGGACCAAUCACAGACCAUAGAGAUGCAAAACAAUGCAGUUUAGGAUUACUUGGGACACUCAUACUGUAAUUAUAAAAAAUGGCCGGGUAAGCAUAAUUUAUGGGCAUCACAAGCUCACUAAAUUGUAAAAUAAGGGCUUCCGUGUGUUCCGCUUAAAAUCGCCACAAGAAUUAUGUAAAUUAACCUCGCGUGAAUUUCGCACCAUCUAACGCAUGUCAGGACACUUUUAAUACAGCAUUGUGGUCUUUUUUCCUUUUAGGUAUUGUCACCGAAAUUAUAACGAAGGCCGGGAGGGCAGUAAAGAUGUAGGUGUAUUGACUUGAUUUUGAUAACUUAACUUUGUACUGGUCAGCCAUUGCAACUCUGAUCCCCGCAUUACUGUUUUUUUUUUUUCGAUGAAAUACACGUAUUUGUUUCGUAAAAAGACUAGAAGUUAGAUUAGGUUUUCUGAGUUUAGGUUGUCUAAACAACGACUAUCUGUGAUUGGUAGGUGUACGUGUCCUUAUUGCGCAUGUACCUGGCGCCUCCUGAGAUAAGCGGCAAGGAAAAUAUGAAACCGAACAUUGAUGAGGCGCUAGACGUACUUCAGGAACAUCACUCAAAGAUAAGUACUGCUAAGGUGCGUAUAACUGUCGUGUCGCACGUGUUUUUAACCAUUGUGCAGCACAUGCGUGCAGUCAUUGUGUCGCAUGUGCGUGCAACUAUUGUGUCGCAUUUGCGUGCAACCAUCGUUUCGCACGUACGUGUAACCAUUGUGUCGCAAAUGCGCGUAACCUUGUGUCGCAGGAGCGUGUAACCAUUGUUUCGCACGUGUGUAUGACCAUUUUGUCGCACAUUGUGUGUAACAAUUGUGUCGUACGGUUUAUGUAUGAGUCACUGACUCUGCAGUUUUGAUUGCUUUGUGCUUCUCAGAUCUUACAUGCACAGCGCAAUUUAUAACAAAAAAGUGAAGCAUUACUGGCUGAGACCAAUACUCCAACGUACCUAAGAGGCAGUGGUGUAUUUCAGAUACGUAGAAAUGCCCUCCCAUUUUGAAGGAUUUCUUCCGAUUUGAUACGAAUCCGUUUCACAUCGGACGUUUUUUUUGGACGUAUAAAUUCGGACGGCCCCUUCUUUCGGGCGCCCGCGUCUAUUUCAGGACGAUCUUGUCCGUUUUGGGAUGGCUCGGUCUAAUGUCAGACGGUUCCGUUUAGUGAUCGCUGGUGUUUUGAAUCUUCAGGCACUUGAACUACUUCCUCCAUCUAUUCAAGUGAGGGAGGUUUACGCGUUUUUGCUCAAUGUUCUGGAAGACAAAGAAAGGAAACGGAGGAAUUCUCAAGUGUUAAAGAGCCUUCUGUUUGCCGAGCAUCUACAGGUAGGCUGAGGAACACUACCUCUUCUUUGUUAAGGGGUCAGAGUUUACAAUCUAACUGCACGAUCUUUCCCGACAGGUUCAAGAACAACGUAUGCAUUAUCAGGGGGGUAAAAUACUCCUGACCGAUGAACGAGCUUGUCGGGUAUGUCACAAGAAGAUCGGAACAAGGUGGGAAACAUUGACAGUCCUAUUUGGUCUUUUUCUUUACAUCGCUCGCGGUUAACGUUGUUUCUUAUUUGUUUCUUUUUUCCAGUGCCUUUGCAUAUUACCCCACGGGCGAAAUACUUCACUACUACUGCUGCAAGAACCUUACCUCCCCCCCAAACAGUGAGCACACGACCCCCCGGGGUAGCCCAACCCCCGAACAUAAUAUGUUACAAAGAUACUGAUCAAAUGCGAUGCAGUUCGUCAUCACGUGCGCAUCAUGCAUAAAACACGUGACAAGUUAGGAAGUGCAGAUGUACGCUGAGGUGUUAUACCACGUGUAUUUCACGUGAUGCGUAAUAAAUCAACAUGUAUUUCGUAAUCAAACAUUCAAAAUCUUCACAGAAUAUUUAUCUAAGGGAAAAAAAUUGGAAUUUCACAAUUGAAUCGGUAAUCAAGCAAUGUUGCCGUAGCUUUGCUCUGUAUAGUAACCUGAUUGGCUAGUCAUGUAGUCAAUCAGCUACAAAACCAAAACCAAUCACGUGUUGGUCACGUGCGUUUGUCCGCACUUGACCUCUAGAUUAGUACUUAGAUCACUUGAUGCCGUUAAAGAGAGUUAAAAUAAUUUACUCAGAGAUAAUGAUCUAAUGUUUAAGUCACUACCA